UUCCUGACCCCAAAAAGGUGUUGGGUCUGAAUCCAGCCAUGGAAUGCACCCUUCUUGAAGGAACCUCUGUGGGAGAUCCUUUGCCAUUAUCUAAUUUUGAGAGGAUAGCCAGGCAGCGAAAAGUCAUAUUCAGGCCUGCAGCUGAGGAGGAGAGAACCCCUGCACGUCUUCUGGAGCCCCUGGACAGAGGCAGAACUUCACCCCCCUUGUGUGAGGAUGAAAGGUGGUCACCCAAGAAGAAGCAGCGGCUCCAGCAAGGCUCCCCACUAAUGGCGGAAGAGGGCAGAGGUGCCUGCGACGGGAUGGGAGAGACCCUGUGGCACAUGGCAUCUCCCAUGGAGAAGAAACAGCGAAAGGUGUUGGCUGUUGAUCUGGAAGACUUUUCCACAACCCGAGUGCCCGAGAUUCCACAAAGAUGCUCCCUUCUAGAAAGGCCUGCCUCGUUUCCUUCCGCAAAACCCCUCCAGCUGACCUUUGAGGAUGAGACCGAAGUUUCCUGGUCAAGAAACGGACAGGAUAGCACUGUGUACAGAUCGCUUCUCCCUAAGGUAGGUUCUCAGCCCUGCCAAGGACCUCAGGAGCAGUUGGCUCAGGCAUGCUGGCAGUUGAGGGACCAAAGACUCUGCCCCCCUCGCGGCCGUGAUUCAGAGCGCCUGCAGGCCAAGAGGCAGCGCCUGCAGAACGGAGUCCCUAUAAUGAAUGGGAGAGAGGGAACACGGGCCGCCCCAGGAGAGGAGGCUCAUGGGCCAAUCCCUGCUUUGGAGGACUCUCCGUUGAACCAAGCCCAGGAUGCCGGCAUUGGCAAGGAGCUGCUGAGGAACUUUCCACCUCCCUGCAGGAGUGAUCAGCGAGAAUUGCCUCAUCAAUCAUCAAGCUUAGAAAAGUCAGUGCCUUCAGAUCUACGUGACCAGGAGCAUCGCACAGGUCCGUCCUCUGAAGCAUCCAGCCUUACCUCGGCUUUGACUCUCUUGCGUCCGUCUUUGGUCCCCCGCUUCAGGCCUUGGAGCCUGGCCCCAGUCUUCCAAAGCAUGCGUUCGAAACUCGAAGCCUUUGCCGACAUCUUCCUCAGCCCGUCCAAACCAUCCCUGCCGCCUACUGAGGGAUCUCCGUCCCCGUCCCCGCGUCCUCCAGCAAAUGCGGACGAAGCGGCUGCAACUCCGCCAGCCACCCCGCGCCCAGGAGUCAAGAUCGAGGUGAAAAUCGCCAUUUCUGAACCACGUCCCCGCAAGAGGAGCUCUUGCCGCGAAGAAGAGCAGGAAGAAGCGAACCGCCUGGUGGUGAGCGGGAGACCCUCCAUCCACCAGUGGCGCUUGAGCCAAGGAGAGCCGGCUCCGCAGUCCCGCCUUGGACGCAGCUACUCCUGCCCUGAUUUUCCUAGAGCCUGCUCUUGGCAAAAUGUCUGUUCGCUGCUUUCUCCCUUGCCACAGCUGCGGCAACGCCGACACACGGUUUGCAGUCUGGAAGUAUCCCGAGAACUGGACCGCCCCACGCUGCCCUGCCUGCGUAAGGAAGUGUACCCCUUCAGCACCCCCCCUGCCCGCCUCUUGCUAAGACCCUUGGUUCAUGCUGCUGCCCACUGUGAUCCGUCCUCCUACUCUUCCCUCGCACCAUCCUGCUGUCAUGAACCUGACCCGGCGCAUUCCAGGAAUGCCUCCCUCUCCCCAGAUGGCGGGCAAAGGGGGUCCGCGGUUGGCCCAGGCAUGGUUGCAUCACAGCGGUUGAUGCUUUCAGAAGAUGAGAUGAAGGGAUCCCAAGAGAACACUGUAGGGAAAGUAUCCUGCAUAAGGAUCCGUAAGACUCCAGCCAAGCACCAAGUCAAUCUCACCCCCAUGGGCCUUCCCCGUCCAGUCAGGCUGAACAAGAAGGAGUUCAGUCUGGAGGAGAUUUACACGAACAAGAACUAUCACACACCCACGGAGAAGAGAUCCUUUGAGACCAUAUUUGAGGUACCACUGGAACGCAACGGAGCCCUUGUCUUCACCAGCCAACGCAAGCUGAAGAGGGCAGUGGAGUUCAGGGAGGUGGGCCUUCCCCGUAAGCAACGCAAACCCCGCCUCCAGAAGGGACGGAGGGCGAAGGGAAGACGGGCCCAGCCCCAGUCCGCUGAACUGGAGGAGAUGCUACAGCAAAAACUGGCUGAACUGGAUGCCCUGUUUGAGGAGGAAGUGUGUUGAGCCGAGUCUGCAGAAAAGUGUCUAUAGGAGUCCUUUCCUUUCCACCUUCCCCAAAGCACCUAUUCCUCAAACUACUCAUAAAUUGUCUAAUUUUUUUUUCCCCCAAGCACCAAAGUCACCCCAAGCACUCCAGUCUUUUUCUCUGGUUCUCUUUAUUCUCCAUAUCGUCCCUACCUAUUGAUCUCUAGUGACAGGUGUUUUGUCAUCCAGGGAUCCUAUGUUGCCCUCCAAACCACAGAUAGUGUUCUUGUGAACAUGGGGCUGGAUGUCACCCAGCACCCUCCCUCAGCUAACUGCCUCCUUGCCUGAUGUUUUAUUUUGGCACUCCCCUUUUUCUUUGGCUCAUCAGUCUGAAGAAUGAAAUGUUGAUGGGCCCCAAAUAAUUGGUAGUGUCCAUUCCUCGCAUUCUGCUUCCAACGCACAGUCAGACUUUCAGUGCCUGAGUUAGAAAGAGGAUACGGAUCAUCUGAUCAAGAUUUAGCCCAGCAAGGGAUGUAUCCAACAACGUGGAGAUCAAGUUACCCCUGUUCUGUGGUUGCCAUUUUGAUUAAAUCAGAAAACCCAUUGAUUGCGAAGGAAUGACAGGAGAGAAAGAGCAAAACCAGGCUUGUAACGGGGGUAAGGGAAAAAAUGGAAGGGAAGGUGUGUCAAAAAGCUCAGAAAGGAGAUGUCUCAAAAAGGAUUGUCAAAACAUAAAAUGGCUGUGAAUCCUGCUUCAAUAUUCCAUGUUUGAAUGGACUUACUGGGGUUGUGUUCUGUUAGGCAUGGUGGGGUGGGGGAGUUGUUUGCAUUUUUAUAUUAAUCUAUAUUUCUAAUAAACUUU